AGAAAACAUCACCGGGCAGUGCAUUUCGGUCUUCACGGAGCAUGAUAUCAAAGCAAUAGGCUUAUUUGAAUCUUUCAUUUCCUUGACGUUAAAAUAGAUCUUUGUUACCUUGGUGUCUGAUCCUUAUUUCACACGUUCUGCACAUAGACAUAGAAAGGACAUCAGGCACGAAAAAUGGGCUCGAUCAACGGGAACUCCAGCUCAAAAGACGGCCGAGCAAUCUUCUUCUUCGACAUAGACAACUGUCUCUAUCCAAAUAGCAAAAAUGUCCAUGAUCACAUGGCGCUACUGAUCAGCAAAUACUUCAUAAAACACCUGGACAUGUCGACCGAGGAAGCCACCCGCCUUCACCACCUAUACUACAAAGACUACGGCCUCGCCAUCGAAGGACUAUCUCGACACCACAAGGUUGAUCCGCUCGACUUCAAUCGGGAAGUCGACGAUGCCCUCCCACUAGACGAUCUCCUGACACCCGACGCCGAGACGCGGGCGAUUCUGGAAUCCUUCGAUAAGACCAAAGUGAAGAUGUGGUUGUUCACCAAUGCCCACAUCACGCAUGGCCGGAGAGUUGUCAAGCUCCUCGGAAUCGAAGAUCUCUUCGAGGGCAUCACAUACUGUGACUAUUCCCAAACGCCCCUCGUCCCGAAACCGCUCCCGGAAAUGUACGAAAAGGCACUGCGAGAGGCCGGAGCGGCCAGUGAUACCGAAAUAUACUAUGUUGAUGAUUCCUUCCUUAAUUGUCAGGCCGCAUAUGAGAGAGGCUGGCACAACACAGUCCAUUUCGUUGAACCAAGUGUUCCCGACCCGCCACAGAAAGCCAGUAACUAUCAGAUCAGUCAUCUUCGAGAGCUCUUGGGACUCUUUCCAGAAAUCCUCAAGGACUCGAAAGCCAUAAAAUGAUAACAAUAUAGAUCAACUGCUCAUUAUUAUGGGGAAAACUAUUCACAAAGUGAUAACGCUAAAGGCGAUGCCGGGUGGCAGAAGAUAAUAUCGUACAAUCCCAAAUCCCAUCCUGCUCCUCUCCUCAAUUAAUGUUCCCUUUUGCACGUUGAACAAUACACGAGAUAGCCAUUGGCCGGCCGACUGACUGAACAAUACCUGCUUGAACGCUUCAAUCAAAGAGACAAUGAAACAAGAAAUCAAUAACGCGAUUGGUCAUAAAUCAUGAGUUGCGAUCCUUGAUUGCCGAUGCUUGAUCCCGGCAGUAAAUCAGACAUAGAUUUGUCUCCUUCGACCGUUCAAAUCACUCGGGCAAAACCUCCACGCACCCGCAUGCCGCCUAGCAAACCAACCCUUUGCCACGAACUCAACAACCCAAGGCAUCUCAGGGAAAUCGGCUUUGUGCCCGUCGAUGGUGAACGAUUUGUCCUGGCAGCCCAGCAUCCACGGGGCAAGAACAUACACGUCCGAGUAUCUUGCAGGGAGUUGUUCGGAACUCUUCCACACCUUCAUGACAGUCUUGGAGUCCAGUACAUGCAAGGCCACGAGGGCCGGGAUCUCGUCAUGGAGAUGCUGGAUCAAGUCUGGAGCGAAGGCUUCGAUGAUGUGCUUCAGGGUUACGCCAUUGUACUCUGAUGCCUUUGUAAGGAAGACAUAUUUCUGAUAGAUGGCGAGUCCCUCGGCGAAGGAUUCAUGGGCCUUUGCGAUUUUCUCGAUGGCACUAGGCCUUCCGAGGAUUGCUUCGAGCGUGGGGAAGAAAUACUCAUCCUCGGUUCUGUGAUGGUGCUCCAACGUGGAACAGAUCUGUUGGUUGAAGAAAAGAAAGUCCUCAGCCUCUCGGGUGGAAGGUUGGAUACCAACGGCAUGGUUCCAGGCAGAGUUCAGAGCACGGAUCAUUAUGUUGUGGAUCUGGGCCAUCUGUCGCGCACACCACAGUGCGGCAUGGUUUAUCGGCACAUAGUCUGGCACGGUUUCGGGAUGAAUGGUGGUAAUGAGGGGGUAAUGGUCGUCGGCAAAGCGGGGUCUCUGUAUACUCAUUCUCGACGUGCCUGGAGUGGAGGCCGAGACUGCUGUUGUAUCGGUUUGAUAUGAGUGCACUGAACGCGAUGAUCUGAAGGAGGAUGAGGAAGUGACGGUUGUAAAGAUUUGUCGGUCGGUCUCGGAGAGAUAGAGCAAAUGCGAAUAGGUGGGUGACUUCGUCCUUUGAUCCUUGGGUGAGGGCAUGUUGGUCGGGAGGGGAAGCAUCUCGCUUAUAGCUAGUUGGGCGCCUAUUGAGUGACGAGGGUAUAUAGUACAAGUACAACGCAGUAAAGAACCUGCUCGCGAAGGAGGGGAGGAGCGAGGUAUGUUGUUCGUCGACAGGGGAUGGGAAGCCUGCGUGAACAAGUCGUGGUUAGGGACUAAAGAAGACGCCUCAACUAGCACCACUUGUUGCAAGUAUCCUUGGGCUCGACGGUAGUGAGCCUGGCGAAGUCCUCACGAUAUACUUUAUACUCUAUGUCGAUAUUUGGACCCGUGCAGAGAG